UUUGUUUUUAUUUUGAUUUAAUUCGAGAUUGGAAUACGGAAGUGGUUGGUGUGCUAAGUUGUCUGUUGCAAAUUAUUAAUAUAAAAUGUUAUGUUCCUUUUUUGAAGAUUUCAAAAAUGUCUAAAUUAUGGUGAGCAGUAAAAUUCCACCGUGGUACGGGUAGAUUAUUCGAAACAUGGCUUCUAGAGGAGAUAAGGGAAAUGGAAAUGGCGAGGAGCAGAUUGUCGAGACACUGGCCGAGGUGUUUCGAUGCUUCAUUUGCAUGGAAAAACUCGUAGAUGCCCACCUAUGCCCCCAUUGUUCGAAACUCUGCUGUUACGCUUGUGUGCGACGGUGGUUAACCGAACAAAGGUCCCAGUGCCCUCACUGUCGUGCUGCUCUCCACCUCCAUGAGCUGGUUAAUUGCCGAUGGGUGGAAGAGGUCACGCAGCAAAUAGAAACAAUGCAACAGACGAACUCUGCCACCCAGAGAGAAAGCUAUAGAGAUAGAUGUCCCACACAUCAAGAGAAGCUAACUGUGUACUGUUGGACUUGCCGUCGCUGUAUCUGCCAUCAGUGUGCGUUGUGGGGAGGCACCCACUCGGGACACACAUUCAAGCCAUUGGAGGAGGUUUACGAACAACAUGUGACGCAGAUCAGGGAUGAAGUGUCCCAGCUGAGACGGAGACUGAUGGAACUGAUAAGCCUUGUGCAAGAUGUGGAACGAAAUGUAGAAUCAGUGCGAGCGGCUAAAGACGAACGUGUCCGUGAGAUUCGUAACGCAGUGGAGUUGAUGAUAUCGCGUCUGGAUUCAGCGCUCAAAGCGAAGCUCCUCACUCUCAUGGGCCAGAAGAAUAGCCUCACGCAAGAAACAGAACAGUUGGAGCAUCUCCUGCAAGAGGUGGAACAUCAGCUACAUGCAAGUACUAGAUCUGAAUUGAUUGCGAAAAGUGGUGAACUAUCGAAAAUGAUCCAUCAAGUUCGCAAGAAGCCCAUGGCUAGCUUUGUUACUGCUCCAGUACCUGCUGAUUUUCAUAGCGAGAUAGUGCCAAGCUACGACAGCAGCACGUUCCCGCUGGGCAAGUUCACGCAGCUGCAGCACGCGGCCGCGCCCGUGUACUCGGCGCCGCUGCACGUGCACGGGCUGUGCUGGCGGCUCAAGGUGUACCCCGACGGCAACGGCGUCGUGCGCGGCAACUACCUGUCCGUGUUCCUGGAGCUCAGCGCCGGCCUGCCCGAGACCUCCAAGUACGAGUACCGUGUCGAGAUGCUACACCAAGUGUCCCGGGAUCCUGCCAAGAACAUUGUGCGCGAGUUCGCGUCUGACUUCGAAGUGGGCGAGUGCUGGGGGUACAACCGGUUCUUUAGGCUCGAUCUAUUAGCCAGCGAGGGGUAUCUCAAUCCGGACACGGAUACGCUUAUAUUGAGGUUCCAAGUGCGUCCGCCAACGUUUUACCAACGUUGUCGUGACCAACAGUGGUACAUCAACCAGUUAAUUACGAUGCAGAAUCAGCAUAUACUGCAAAUUAAUGAUCUCAAAGAGCGCCUCAGUCUUGAAAUGUCGCGUAACUCGAUGGCGGCAACACGUGCGUCUAGCGGUUCCGUCGGCUCGCAAGAUGCUGAAGCGCAGAACGAUAACAACGACACACCAGCACCGUGGAAGUUCACUUCGCUACAUGGGAUAGCACCGAGGCUUACUAGUCCAGGCGUGCUAAACAACUCGUUAUUCGAAGAGACGUGCGCAAGUGGUGCGUGCCGUAACAUGAGCGCAGCGAGUGCGGGCGCAGUAGCGGGCACGGACGCGUGCUUUGGAGACUAUGCGCAUCUUACACGACGCGCUAACCAGCAUGCGCUCGAUGCGUACAACCUGCCGUCUACCUCCAGAUCAGCGAGCUCGAUCCGCUCGUGCGCGGACGCCCCAACGGGCCCGCCCUGUGCGCUCGGUGCGCACGCGCACGCGGCCCGCUUGCGGCGCGAGCGGCCCGAGCGCGCUGAGCGACCCGAGCGGCCCGAGCGACCCGACCGGCCGGAGAGGUUGCCGCCGCCUGAUAAAGACACGCAUCUUACUGGUGUAGCGAGCACACCUAUAACAGAAGGGCACAGCGCGUGCACAGGUGCAUUAUGCACAUCGAUCUCAUCUCCCGAACUGCACAGCACGGCCAAGAACGAGUCGGGCGGCACACUCUUGACCACUGCGGCGCAUUCUCCCCGAAAUGCGCAUGCGCACUCGGAAUCUAGCAGCGACACUGGGGACUUAAUGUUUAGUGAACUUGACGGUUUUGUGGACGACACCAAUGUGAAUCACAUAGAGGAAAAUUCCAAUGAAGAAAAUGACGUUGAUGAAGAAACUAUGUCAGGCGAGAACGACAUAGAGGGCGCGAUGGGCGCAAUGGGCUCCAGCAGUAACGAAGCGGACAUUCUAUCCCGUUUACUUUGUGCGGUACACGGGCGCGGUGUAACGCCCGCCGGCAGCGACGGGUCCGCGCCCACGCAUGCGCACACGCACGUGCCCCGCAACGAUGACCCGCAGCUGUCCACCGCUGCGCACACGGACAUGCUGCUGCUAAACUUGAUGAAGAUUAAUGGAUUGACGCCCAAAUGUACCCGGCCGAGGCACAGUCCGAAGCGCAACUGGUCGUCCCGCAGCACGUCGGUGGAGGAGGUGAGCGGUCGGCGCGGCGUGUGCGCGGGCCGGUCGCGGGCGCCCCGCGCGCGCCGCCCGCACGCCCUUUCGCCAAUUGCACUGGCGCCGCUCGACCCGCUCGAGCCGGGCCAGCUGCCGCCCGCGCCCGCGCCCGUUUCAGAACGAGUAGUGGGAAGUCCAGCUCCGCACGAUUACUGGGCGCCAGAUCUCAGCGACAACGACGACGUGGAAGUGAUAUUGGAUUAUAACGACACCCUCUUCGACAUGCUCCUCAACAGCUUGUCCCUGGAGGGCGGCGGCGGGCCGGGGGCGGAGGCCCCGCCGGUGGCGCCGUGGAGCCCCGCGCGCUCGCCCGCGGCCGAGCCCGCGCAGCACCCGCAGCACCCGCAGCACCCGCAGCACCCGCAGCACCCGCCCGCCGCCCGAGACUGACCCUACCUGCACCCCGAGUACCGCCACUAGCUGACAACUACCCGCUAAAGACCCGCUAUAAACCCACUAUCAAUCUACUACGGACCCACUAUCGACCCACUGUCGACCCACUGUCGACCCACUAUCGACCCACUGUCGACCCACUGUCGACCCACUAUCGACCCACUAUAGACCCACCAUCGAUCCUCUAUUGACCCACUAUCAACCCGCUAUGGACUUGCAACCUGCCCGCAAUCAACCCGUUACUGCACCCAACCAGCUCGCAACGUGCUCGUAAACUGUCCGUAAUCAGUAUACGAUAAGCUCGCAACGUGCCCGCAAUAUUCCCGCUACUAGAUCGCAAACGGCCAAAUAAUGGCCACCCGCAACAACGUCUUGCGACUAGUCGACUCAAACUGGAUUCAUAACUUUUUGGUUUAAAAUAAAAAAGUAAAAGGCUUCCUGCAUAAACAAAUAAAUAGUUUUACUUGUUCAGAGGCUCCAAUGGCCAAGAUUUAAAAAUAUAUGGAUACUCUGGGUACUCUUAUCUCGUUUACGUGUCGCUACGUCAUACGUGAAUGUUCUGCUUUACGUCCGAAUCCUCAUAACGUGAAUGGUUUCUUUAUUCUAUCUUUUAACCCAUACCAAUGAUUCUCUCCUACUUACGCUUAAGCUUUGUGAAAAUAAAAAAAAAAAUUUAAAGGAAAAAUCUUCAAAAAAAAAAGUAUUUGAACCUGCGUGUGAUUGUUCCCUAUAUAACUAAGGAAAUAUUUCAAUGCGUUUUUUAUUUCAAAACGGUUUUGAUUUCGAAAUAUUUCACAAUUUCUUAAAUCGUUAAGCGCUUAAUAAUUAUAAAUUAAAAUACUGUGAUGCAUUUUUAUUUUAUUUUAAAUAUAACAAGGACAUUCGUGAGUUUUUUUUAAUGAAAUUUAAAGAAAAUAAUAAUGGGUCAUGUAAUGAAAGUAGAUGAAACAAAAACGUUUAGUAUUUAAAUUAAAUAUCCGCAAAAUUAAGAGAAUUGACUGAAUGAAAGUUACUCGAUCUGUAAAAAAUAGUUCUCUAAAAAGUGAUUGUGGGAAAAUUGCUUUUGCACAUACAUAUUAUAUGUUAUUUUCGCGUGAGGCUACAUUAGCUAAUAAAAUAUAUGCGGUACAUUCGGGUUCGCAUAAAGUCACGUUGAAAUCCAGAAUUUCAUUCAUUUUAAUAAUAAAAUGUUGUUUUUCUAAGUAAAAAACAAACCGGUUAACAUUACUUGUGGGUGAAAUCUCCUCGGCAGUACUUAAUGAAAAGUAAAAAUAAAAAAUCUGUAAAAUUAUUUAUAGUUCAUUUGAAAUAUGAUAUUUUUGGUGAGACUAAGGGUGUGAGGAUAAUUUUAAUGUUAUGUUAGAACUCAGUGAAUUAUUUAGUGAUGUGUGUAUAAUUAUUAAUUAUUUAUUAAUACGCUAUGCGUGUAACAUAGCAUCGGUGAUUUAUGUCCUGUUUUAACCUCUUCAAAAGUAUUUAUUGACCCGCUUUUUCGUUAUAGUACAAAGUAAAUAAUAAUUUUAUAUAAAAGUGGAUCUUACUAAUUUUAUUUAUAAGGAAUUCUAAAAUGUUAUAAAAUUUUCGGACAUCUUGUUGAAAUACUAUUUUUGAUUAUUACUUAAUAAUGCAAUAUUUUUAUAACUUCAGAUUUUAAAGGUCACGUCCAUAUUGAGUGAUGGUUGAGUUAGUGUGACUUAUACUUUAUUAUUAGAAAGUGUAUAAAAUCGAAUAUAUAAUAUUCUGAGUCGUAGGAAUUUUUUAAAGCAGAAAAUUUCCAUUUAUGGGAGCAUUCCAUAAACUAAAAUAACGUCCAGUGUACUGCACUUUCUAUUGAUACUGUAUCCUAAUUGAUUUCAGAACGUAAUUUGAAGGAUAUUUCUCUCAUAUAAGAUAUCUCAUUAAGUUACGGUGCUGAUGUAUUCGCGCGUGAAGUUGAAUUUGUUGAACGCAUAAUACUCGCUGUCGUAGAGAGCAAGACUUGCCUGGACUCGUUGAGAAUGAGUCGCCGUAGUUUUAAAUUUAGCUUCUCUUACAUCGGACCAUGUCGAUGAAACGCAUUUUUAUAUUUUUAAAACACUCAUUUUACUAACGGUUAGUUUUCUAACAAAAGUAAAUUUUAAUUUAUAAAAAUGCGUCACUGAAAGUAUGUAAAAUCUCACUGCCAUUAAAAAUAUAUCUUUUGAAAUUGUUUAAAUUUGAUAAUAUUUUUUAUUGAAUUGAUUCUUGUUUAUUCUGAUAUAAUCUCCUAUAUAUAUGUUCAAUACUAUGCUAUACAAAUUUUUGCUGUCGUUAUCUUUUCUAAAGAUGGUAUUUCAAAUUUUUAUGUCACUAUAGCAUGAUGUUGAGAUACCAUUGUUAAGUCGAAAUGGUCCGAUAGAAUCUUUAGUUAUUCUUUUUAGAUUUUACGCAUUGUGUGGUAUGUUUUCGGGCAUUAUGUAUAUAUUACUCGAAAUUCGAUCUCUUUAUGUUGCAAAGUUUGCAAGAGUAUGUUUGAAGCAUUUAAAGUCAUUAAUGUUUGAAUUGUGUAGAUCUUAUAAGUAUUAUUUGAUACUGUAUUAGGUGUUAUGCGGUUAAGCCGCAUUAAGUGAGGCUGCAUUUUUUGUUGAUCACAUUUCGGAUUCACAAAUGUUUUGGAUGAAAAUUUAAUUUACACAAAAUUCAGCACUCGUUUAUAAAAAGCCUUUCAUUGGGCUAGUUUUAAAUGUUUAGUAAUUUAGAACAAUAGCAGUUUGAUUAGAAAUGGUUCACAGUUGAUUAUAAAUGUUAAUGGACUUGUAGUCGACUAUCGAUACAUUUUGAUUUUAUUAUGAUGGUAAUGUUUAGUACAACUUCUCUGUUUUAAUUAUAGUUAAUGAUUCCCGAUGUAUGAUUUCAAAAUAUGUGUGUUAGAUGAAAUAAGAUGAAUGAAUAAUAUAUAAUCAAUAAAUAAAA